UAUUUGAAUCAUUCCCAUCACUCUUCUCAGAGUCCUCUCCAAUUUAUCACAGUCCUUGAGUUUGAAGACUUUGACCUAAUGCAGUGACCGGGAAAUAAACAAGUUAAUUUAUGGUUAGGGGCCAGGAGAGUAUCUUGGUCCCAUUUCUCUAUCAUCUUUGUCCAAGUUUCUCAUCGAGUGUAAAUGUGGUGCAACAGAAUACAGGAGUCCCACAUUCCCUUGGCCCUUCUGAAGGGUGGAGUUCCCUCCAAGUCACUGGCUGGUCGGGAGGUUGCCAGGGGAGAUAACUAAUGGACGAGUUUUGUUGGUGUCUGACAGGUGGAGAAAGAGGUAAGACAGAGAGAAUUGAAGACAUCCCCAUGGCUGUGAAGGGCACCUCUCUCCCCACAACUCUGUUGGAUGUAUCCACUGCCUACUAUUAUGUUGACUUUGACUACAAUCAUGAAGAUGUGAACCGGAAGCAAGCGCUCCUUAAUAGCAUGAACAUGGUCACCAUGGUGAUCUAUUCCAUUGCCUUUGUGCUGGGAGUGACGGGCAAUGGGCUGGUCAUCUUCAUCACCGGCUUCCGGAUGAAGAGGACAGUCAACACCAUCUGGUUUCUCAACCUGGCCGUGGCCGACUUCAUCUUCACCUUCUUCCUCCCCUUCAGUGUGGCCCACACAGCCCUUGGCUUCCACUGGCCAUUUGGAAGGGUAUUGUGUAAGAUCAACACCGCUUUGGCCUUCCUCAAUCUCUACGCCAGCGUCUACCUCCUCAUGGUCAUCAGCAUAGACCACUGCAUCUCCGUAGUGCACUCUGUGUGGGCCCAGAAUAACCGCACACCCCGCCUGGCUUUCCUGGUAGCCUUGGGUGUGUGGGUCGUGGCCUUGGCCUUGUGUUCUCCAAACCUAUACUUCCACCACAUGGAUCCCUCCCCAUACAACGAGAACAUCACCAACUGCUACAACAAUUUCGACACGGCCGGGGAAGGGGCCACCGAGGAGCAGAGAACAAAGAGGGUAAACACUAACCACCGGGCCAUGACCAUCAGCCGCUUUAUCUUAGGCUUCGUUAUCCCCUUCACCGUCAUCGUGUGCUGCUACGGUGCCAUCUUGGCCAAGCUAAAGAGGAACCAGCUGACCCGAUCUGGGAAGCCCUUCAAGGUCAUUGCCGCUGUGAUCAUGGCUUUCUUCCUCUGCUGGCUCCCCUACCACAUCUUCUCCUUCCUGGAGAUGAACCGGACACCCAGCCUGGACACGGCCCUCAUUGUUGGCCUCCCCUUGACCGCCAGCCUGGCCUUCAUCAACAGCUGCCUCAAUCCCAUCCUCUACGUCUUCAUGGGUCAGGACUUUAAGGGGAAGGUGCGCCGCUCCCUCUUCUCAGCAUUCGAAAGUGCCUUCAGCGAGGAGGCCGCCAGCACCACUGCGAACACGAAGAACAAGUCCACAGACACGGACUCCCAGGUCUUCUAGGCACCAUGCAUCUGCUGAGAGCUGGGAACCUCAGCCGUGUUCGGACAGAACCUCUCCCUCACAUCAACAGGGGCAAAAUUGACCCAAUGAACUCCACCCUUCCAUAGACAUGAUUCCCCGCUCAGCUCUGCUUGUGUUGAUAUACUCCUGCCAGGGAUGGUCUAGGUUCGCUUGAUCCUGUCUCGCCAUGGUGAAGAGGCUUGAAAGCCUCUUGAGGUUCCUUCUAACGCUACAUUUCUGUGUACAGAUGCUUCCGUGUGGAUGGAUAGAAGCCAAUGAAAAACAAAAUGCCAUCACCUGGUGGUGGGAUCCUUCACUGAUUUCUCUGGAGUAAAUGCAUUCAGCAAGCAUAACUUGAGCAGCGUUUUAUAUACCUAAGAGUGAUUUGGGGGGCAACCAGCUGGAGAGAUCUGAUGUUCGGAGGGACUUUGUUGAAAUGACGUCUCUUUUAAACGGCUCCAUUUGGUCUCUGAGAGCAGACACUGAAACCUUGGCUUUUCUCCUUUCCUCCUUAAUAGCGUGUCGCUCGGUUUCUUAGGCCUGGUCUACACUACGAGUUUAGGUCGACUUUAGCAGCGUUAAAUCGAAUUAAGCCUGGACACGUUCACAUGACGAAGCCCUUUCUUUCGACUUAAAGGGCCCUUUAAACCGGUUUCUUUACUCCACCUCCGACGAGAGGAUUAGCGAUAAAAUCGGCCUUAGCGGGUCAGAAUUGGGGUAGUGAAGACGGAAUUCGACGUUAUUGGCCUCCGGGAGCUAUCCCACAGUGCUUCAUUGUGACCGCUCUGGACAGCACUCUCAACUCAGAUGCACUGACCAGGCAGACAGGAAAAGGCCCGCGAACGUUUGAAUUUCAUUUCCUGUUUGCUCAGCAUGGAGAGCACAGGUGACCAUGCAGAGCUCAUCAGCACAGGUAACCGUGAUGGAGUCCCAGGAUCGCAAAAGAGCUCCAGCAUGGACAGAACGGGAGGUACGGGAUCUGCUCGCCAUAUGGGGAGAUGAAUCAGUGCUAGCUGAACUCCGUAGCAGUAAACGAAAUGGCAAAAUAUUAGAAAAGGUCUCCAAGGCCAUGAAGGACAGAGGCCAUAACAGGGACGCACAGCAGUGCUGCGUGAAAAUUAAGGAGCUACGGCAAGCCUACCACAAAGCCAGAGAAGCAAACGGAAGGUCCGGGGCUGAGCCGCAAACAUGCCGCUUCUACGCGGAGCUGCAUCCCAUUCUAGGGGGUGCAGCCACCACUACCCCAACCGUGUGCUAUGACUCCCUCAUUGGAGAAACACACAGGGAAGCGGGUUCGGGGUACAAGGAAUAUGAGGAUGGAGAUAAUGUAGAUAGCUCACAGCAGCAAGGUAGUGGAGAAACCGGUUUCCCCAACAGCCAGGAUAUGUUUAUCACCCUGGACCUGGAACCAGUAACCCCCGAACUCACCCAAGGCAUGCUCCCAGACCCUGAGGGCACACAGGGGACCUCUGCUGCAAAUGUUUCUCCUUCACAGAGGCUAGUGAAGAUUAGAAGGAGAAAACGGAGGACGCGGGACGAUAUGUUCACGGAGCUCCAGAUGUCCUCCCACGCUGACAGAGCACAGCAGAAUGCGUGGAGGCAGUCAAUGUCAGACUACAGAAAAGCACAAUAUGAACGAGAGGAGAGGUGGCGGGCUGAAUCGCGGGAUGAACAGAGCAAGUGGCGGGCUGAAGAUGAUAGGUGGCGUCAGCUUGCAGACAGAAGGCGAGUCAAUGCUCCGACUGCUGGAGCAUCAAACUGAUAUGCUCCAGCAUAUGGUUGAGCUGCAGGAAAGGCAGCAGGAGCAGAGACCACCGCUACAGCCCCUGUGUAACCAACAGCCCUCCUCCCCAAGUUCCAUACCCUCCUCACCCAGACGCCCAAGAACACGGUGGGGGCGCCUCCGGCCACCCAGUCACUCCACCCCAGAUGAUUGCCCGAGCAUCAGAAGGCUGGCCUUCAAUAAGAGUUAAAGUUUUAAACUGCAGUGUGUCCUUUUCCUUCCCUCCUCCCCCACCCAUCCUGGGCUACCUCGGCAAUUAUCCCCCUAGUUGUGUGAUGAAUUAAUAAAGAAUGCAUGAAUGU